AUGUCGGGCAGUGCGGGAUUCGACCGACACAUCACCAUCUUCUCCGAGCAGGGCAGACUGUACCAAGUCGAAUAUGCAUUCAAGGCAAUCACAGCGGCGAACAUCAUGUCGAUAGGCGUCCGCGGCAAGGACUGCGCAGUAGUCCUGUCCCAGAAGAAGGUCCCCAUAGCCCGCCUCCAGGACAAGCUGAUCGACCCCAGCUCCGUAUCCCACAUCUUCCAGAUCUCCCCGUCCGUUGGCUGCGUCAUGACCGGCUCCAUUGCCGAUGCCCGUGCCUUUUCACAGCGUGCCCAGGGCGAGGCUGCUGAGUUCAGAUACAAGUACGGAUACGAGAUGCCUUGCGAUGUCUUGGCAAAGAGGCUGGCCAACAUCAGCCAGGUCUACACCCAGAGAGCCUACAUGAGACCGUAUGGCGUAGCGACGACCUUGAUAUCCCUGGACGCUGAGCUUGGCCCCCAACUGUUCAAGUGCGACCCGGCUGGCUACUACGUCGGCUACAAGGGCACGGCUGCAGGUCCCAAGCAGCAGGAGGCGCUCAAUCAUCUCGAGAAGAAGCUCAAGAACAAGGAUCAUGCAGAAGGCACGUGGGAGGAUGUCGUGGAACUGGCCAUCACCACGCUCAGCACCGUCCUCAGCAUGGACUUCAAGAAGGGCGAGAUCGAGAUUGGCAUCGUCGGAGGCCCCCGCGCCGACGGCAAGGAAGGUCCCAACCCCGGUUUCAGGACCCUGACGGAAGACGAGAUCGAUGAGAGAUUACAGGCUAUUGCUGAGAAGGACUAA